CCCCCUCCCCUUUUGCCUCCUCCUCCUCUUGGAUGCAGCACCCCUCUCCAGCGUGCUCGCAGCUCAGGGUGUGUGCUUGUGUGUGUGUCUGCGGGGGAGUGCGAGCCUACGCUUCAGAGGCUGUGCUUUGGCUGGCAUGUGAGGGAGUGUGUCUGUGUGCGCUCCUACCGGACUCGCAUCUGCCUCCUUCACCCUGAUCACUGCAGACGGAAAGCAGAAAGAUAGCCGCCCCACCUUGCAAGGUGUGACCAAGAGGUGUUCUUCAUCAAUCCUCUGAUUUCUGCUGUUGUGUUAGGAGACAAAGUCAAUCAACAUCAUAACAGUGUCCCGUUGGCAUGGCAGACAGUCGGCAUCCCGAGGACAGUGGCUCCUCUCACUGGGGCCCGCCCACUAACGGAACCCAGCACCAAUCAGCCGGCCACGGAGAGAACGGCUACUCCUCCCACGGAGAGAACGGCUACAACGGAGGACACGCGGGAACGACCGUGGAGGACACUGCCAACCUGCCUCCCUCCCCUCCCCCCUCCCCGUCCGCAGAGCAGAUCGGACCGAUGGAGCAAGAGGAGAGACUAGAGGUUGUUCCUAACCCCUCAGAGGAGGAGGAGGAGGUGGAGGGAACCCAAGUCACAGCAGCUCCUGAGAUGGAGCACCCAGGUGAACAAGGGGAGGACUCUGAUGAGCAGCCCACAGAUAUGCUCUUAGAGCAGGCUGAUAUAGUAAGCGAGCCCCAGGCUUUGGCCAGCCCGAGGGCUGAGACACUAAAAGUCCUCAACGGGGGGAGUCACCUGGCUGAGUUGGAGAAGCCAUCAGAGGAAGGCCUGCUGCUGAAUCCCGAGAAGCUUCCUUCUUGUGAUGCUGCCAUUGUACAGGAUAAUCCACGGGGGCCGACCCCACCGGAAACCCUAGUGACUCCCGCCGAAGAAAGAGAAACAUCAGAGGGAGCAGAGACCACUGUGUCAAUCUCUAAGUCCUCGUCUGGUUCCCCUACAAACAGUGAUCAAACCGAUCCAAUCAACACUGAACAUGCAAAGACAGGUCGGCCAUUGGUGGAACCAGAAAAGAGGCAAGGAACUGGAAAGUCCCCUGGUGUGGUACCUGAGAUGGAAUACAUCCCAGAGCCCAAGACCACGGCUGAGAAACAGCCCUCUGUUGAAGAGCUUGACUCUGUUCCUAUUUCAGCAAUAUACAUGCCCCUGAAAGAUUACAUUGAGGAAGAAGAGGAAAAUGAUGACCAUGUCAUACCCAGUGAGUUAGCAGCAAAUGCAGAGGGUGUUAGUGACAAGAAAGACAUCAAAUCAGAGAAAACAACUAAAAAAACUGGCCCUUGUUUGGCCACAGACAGGCCACUCUCAUUUGAGACAAAAGACACUCCUCAAAGUGGUAAUAGUGAAGGAGAGGAACUAAAGCAGGAAAUACAAAUAUCUGUAUCUGACAAUUUAAAAGACAAACUGAGUUUAAAAGAUAACUCUGAAAUCUCUUCAAACGAGGAAAUUGGAAUGCGUUCCAAAGAUGUGUCGGGAUUGACUUCAAAGGAUGAGUCUGGAAUGACAGCCUACUUUGAAACAUCUAAACAAAGCGAUACUGAAAAACCAGAAGAACAUGCUGAAGGUUACUAUGAGCUCAGUAAUGUCUGUGAGAAAACACCAUCAGAGAAGGUUCUCAAGGCCAACUUUGAAAUUAGCCAUUUAACAACAGAACCGACAAAGUCCAGCACGAUGUUGACCAGUGACAGUUCAGUGGAUAAACUAGAGGAUCUCCCUAAGAGGAAGGAUGUGUGUAGUAGUUUGUCACCUGGAAAAUUGUCAUUGGAACAAAGAAGUCUCUCCCUGAACUUUACUGUUGGGUCAGUAGGUGAAGCAGGAGAGCAAAGCCAGCCAACGCUUCCAGCUGUUACAGAAAUCUCUUCAGGAGGUCUAGAGGAAUCCAUAGGUUACAUUCCUCUAACCAACCCAUCGCUGGAGAGCCAGAUUAUUCUUAUGACUCCUGAGAUAGCUCUACAGGGCUCUACCACUGAAGCCCCGGCUGAUUCACCUGAAGAAACAACCUCAAAGACACCACAGUCUUCUGAGGUUUCACUCUCAACCAUGAAGCAACACCUCACGCAUUUGAAUGACCCAUCCACUGACCUUCCUGAGAUGCUGGACUUAGCUGGUGUGAAACCCAAACUGACCCUGGAAAAGAGGGAGGUGGAGCGGCAUAAUAGAAGGAGAUCGGUCCCUGCCUGUCCAUCUGCUGCUCUUGUGGGCAGUUCUCUGGCAAAGCUGGUGCUGGGAAAUCAGCAGGCACCAAAGGUGGUAGGUGGAGGAGAGAGCCAGCAGGAGGAGCUUGGUUACUGUGUGUUUAGUGAGUACUCUGGGCCUAUGCCCUCGCCAGCUGAUCUACGCAGCCCUGUGGGCUCCCCACACCAACGUUUCCCCACGGUAACUGAAGGGGAUAGUGACGAGGAAUUGGGAGUCAUUGCUUGUGAACAAAAGGCUGCAUUGCAACAACCAAACCAGAGGGAGGACAUUGACAACCCAGAACCUUCUCUGAAAAAAGACAAAGAAAUAGAAAGAAAGGAUUUGGUUGUAGGAACAGUUAAGACAACUUUGAUGCUUGAAAAAGCUGUCACGGUAGGUGUCAAACCAGAUCGCCUGAGGAUCCCUGUGGCUCCAUCCAAAGAUAAAUUGACAGAGUUCAGACUAGAGAGUGGUCUUCCUGGGGACCUCAAAACUGAAGCUAUUCCUGAGGUGGAGUUAGAGCAAGACCUCUCCAGAGAAGCCUCUCCCAUACCACCAGACUUUGCAUUCACUUUUGCCACUGAGAUGAAGGAAGCCCAGCUUUGUGCAACCACUGAGUCUCAUGCUAAAAAUGUUGUGACUUUCAAAGGAACCAAUGCUAAGGAAACAAAAGCAGAGGUGGGGUCGGCAAGGACUGGGAAAUGUCUGAACACUGGCCUUGAAAAUCCAGAGAUGAAGAAAGUGGAGGAGAAAUCAGACACAGUUGAUAUAGAGACAAAUGAUGGUCAAGAAACUGAGAGAGAAAACACAGAAGGCCCCAUGACAUCAUCACCAGAUUCAUUGGUGCAUAUCAUCAAUGCCCAGGAGAAGCGUGAAAGCAAACUUGAGGUUGUACCAGAAGAGGCUGACAUUCCAAAAGAAGAGGCCAGGCCCAAACCUGGAGAAACAUCACCAACCCCCUCAAACGCAAGCACUGCUGAUGUUGAAGAAUCCACAGAACAGCUGGAUAAGAAAAGUCCAGAGAAAAGAAUAUCUGUAAGUUCUCCAGUUAUAGUCAUACCUCAGGCACAAGUUGAGGAAGAGGAGGAGGAUGAUGAUAUAGAAGUAGCUGAGGAAGUCUUGGAGGAAGGUGAAGACCCUCAUUUUCUCCUGAAGGUGAAAGAGCAGGAGAGUCACCAUGCAGAGGAAGAGGUGUCAGAAGAGGUGAGGGUGGUGGAUGGAGUUGAGGAGGCAAUAAAAAAGCCUGAAGGCCUGGGGUAUGCUGUUCCUGGUGAUGACCAAUCAUGUGACGCUACUGCACCUACGAUCGAUGAAUGGGAUUACGCUGAUCACAUGACUAAUUUAUCUGCCUGCUCAGACAAUGACCACGCACAAACCUUAGAGGGAAAAGAGGAAGAGAAGGAGGAGCAAAAGUUUGUGAAGGACGAUGACAAAGAAGAGGUGGUCAAGGGGACGAAAAAGUCUGGCGAGGUGGAGGUGGAGUUGGAGGUUGACAUGAAAGUUUGCAGUCCAGAGGAGACAGAGACCUCAGACUUACUGCAGAGCCAGACCCCAGCUCAAGACGAGACCACCAUGGAUGUCUCCAUGUUAGACACCGACAGUGGCUGGGUGGAUUCUCAAGAUGACGACAGAAGCGUAAUAACAGAGCAGAUUGAAGCACUGUUGACAACGCAGAGUCCUGCAAAGACUGCCCUGGCAGAGAGACCCUCUAAAAAGAGACCCUCCGGCGUAGGUCAGGGACGGGUCACCACACCUGAGCGCAAGCCUCCUCGCAGAGAACCCAUCAGUCGUCGUCCAAGGGAGGAGGAGAAGAAGAGAAAAGUGGGGACUAAAAGAACUGAACAGUGUAAAGUAUCAGUCCUCCAGAACCGCUCUCCCACUCGAAGGAGUCUAGUCAAAGCUGCUACGUUCAGACAAUCUAGACCUCCUUCGCACUACGCCUCUGCUAGACACAAGCCACCAGGUGACCUACUGUUCUCAAAAAAGGGAAACCAAUGCAAUGUAGCUGUCCAAAAGCCUCCUGUGCACUGCAGACCCAUCACCAAAGCUACGGAGGCCCGGCCUCCACUUAGUGUGGCCCAACAAUCUCGGGAAAGGACCUCUAGCCUCACACGCACUGCCUUAAAAAAUCACAGACUAACCCGGGGGUUAGAGGACCUACCCCCCAGACCCAACUCUGCAUGUUCCCUCACUAAACGCAAACCCCUAGUGGAGAGAGAGCUAUAUGGGCCCCGCCCCUCCUCCGCCUGCUCAGGCAGACACUCCCCCUCCCCCGCACUGCAGAGGCGGGGACGCAGUGAAAAAAAGGAGGGAACCUACCGCAGUCCAGAGAAAAGGUCCUCCCUGCCCAGGCCUGCCUCCUCCCUGCCCCGCCGGGCACCUCCAACAGAGCAGGACACCAGCCCUGCCCCCCGCAGGCCAACCUCAAUUCAAACUGAGCCCAGAGGGGAGUAUAGGUCUGGGAGGUCCCAUAGCGUCGCAGCUGGCACCAACUCGUCUGCCCGUUCCCGGUCGGCCCGGAGUGGAGCCUCCACGCCCCACACCCCUGGCUCCACAGCGGUCACUCCAGGCACCCCUCCCAGUUACUCCAGCCGCACCCCCGGGAGUCGCACCCCCUGCAGCCACACCCCCAAGUCUCUCAGCCUUCUUACCCAAGAAAAGAAGUUUGCUGUGAUACGCACACCGCCCAAGUCGCCCUCCACCACACCCAAGCAGCUGCGUGUCGUCAACCAGCCGCUGCCCGACUUAAAGAAUGUCAAGUCCAAAAUUGGAUCUACAGACAACAUGAAGUACCAGCCCAAAGGAGGCCAGGUCUUCAUUCCAAGUGUUAAACUGGACUUUAGCCAUGUCCAGUCUAAGUGCGGCUCCCUGGACAAGGUGCAGUACUCGCCGGCCGGGGGAAACGUCCAGAUAACCACCAAGAAGAUUGACCUGAGCCAUGUCACCGCCAAGUGUGGGUCCAUGUCCAACAUUCGUCACCGGCCAGGAGGGGGGAACGUUCGUAUUGAGAGUGUCAAGUUGGACUUCAAGGACAAGGCAGAGGCCAAAGUGGGCUCCUUGGCCAACGCCAGUCACACCCCCGGAGGAGGACAAAUCAUGAUCGAGAGCCACAAGCUGACGUUCCGUGACACGGCCAAGGCGCGCGUGGACCACGGGGCGGACGUGAUAACCCUGUCACCGGGCGGCACAGGGGGCACGUCCCCCCACCGCCUCAGCAACGUGUCGUCCACGGGCAGCAUCAACCUCCUAGAUUCCCCGCAGCUGUCCACGCUGGCCCAGGACGUCACCAUUGCCCUGGCCAAGCAAGGCUUAUGAGCCCCCUGCCUCAUUCGCACACCCUCCCCCGGUUCUUCAGCCCUUGUCCUCCAAGACCCCCCCGGGUCACCUUGACCCUCUGACCUCCGGCUGUUCCCUGUCAGUCCUACACUGCAACAACCCUUCAUUGCCAUCCCCCAAGAUAAGCAACCCGAAGACUUCGAUCAGAGUAUAAAGACUCCAUCAUCUGACAUUCCACCAAACACCUCCCCUACCACUCCUCCUUAGGAAAAUAUUGAAACUACCACCAUCAGGAGGGUUUUAAAGACUGAAUUUAGGAGAUUUUUCUGUUUCAUUUUUCUUUCUGUUCGUACAUAAUGGAUGUGCUCAACUCUGUUAUUUUGUGUUUUUAUGUGUUUUUUUCUUUCUGUUCCACAUUGAACUUACGUUGUGGAAGGCCUGUGUGUGUGCUAGCUAAGGCACCAAAACAGGUGCAGUGAUAAUGUUGCCAGGGCAUUAUCCGUCGCCCCAGACUUCACAGUUACUCUCAUUGGUUGGGAGGGAUCUCAACGGCAUUCCAUUCGGCUGUAUUAACAGACCCAGGCUGGUUCUGUUCUGUACAUGCAAGAUACUGUGUUCCAGGUUCUGAAUGAGUCGCUAGACUAUAGACUAGGGGUGUCCAAACUAUUCCACAGAGGGCCGUGUGUCUGCACGGUUUCGCUCUCUCUUUGUACUUGAUUGACUAAUUAGGUUACUAAUUAGGUGUGAACUGGGAACCGAUUUAUUGGAAAAACCAAAAACCUGCAGACACUCGGCCCUCCAUGGAAUGUUUUGGACACCCCUGCUAUAGACUGUCCCAUUUCUGAACAAAAAUUAUUACAAUUCAAAUCAUUGUAACUGUAAUUGUGCUUUGACGUUUUGAAUUGGUUUGGUAUUAGCCAUCAAACUAUGGCAUCAUGAUGUUUAUCGCUGAAUUAUUAGGUAAAAUGUGGUUUUGUUUUCUUUUUUUAUACCAUAAAUAGUGAAAAUGUCACGUUCUUGUUGUUUUCCUUGUGGCUGCAUUAGCUUGGCUACGCGUUGCAGUCUUGUUAAGUCAAAAUGCUAUAAAAUGCUAGCUUUCCAAUAGUCCUCUUCCACAAAACAUCUGGCUGCUUUUCUGCCUUAGUGAUGUGAAUGUUAAAUUGAAAUAGCUUUGUGGUUUUCAUGAUGCAUCGCUAUUUGGGCUGAUUUGGCAAAAGCCAGUGAAUUAGUACAGAGAUAUCCCGGACAUAGAUGUAAAAAAAGAAUAUUUAGUGGAAACUGUAGGGGCUAUACUGUAUCUAUUCAUUGCACACUUUCUAUAGGCUAUCCUGUUUUUGCCAGCAUUGGAUUCAAUCAAAAAACACGUUAUAGGCAUUGCAGCAUUUAAGGGCAAUGUUCAAGGAGAUUUACUAUUUUGGAUGUAUUCUGCUGAUGUCGGCUCAAUCUGAGAUUGCCUUUUUAAGCCUAUAACCCGUUUUCUGAUUGAAUCCAGGAACUAAUUUGCUUCAAAUUGUCCCCCUUUCCUGCUUUUAGAGUAGCAAGAACAUUGACCUUGAAUGAGCUAAGGGGCUGGGUCACUUCUGUUAGAAUUCAGAACGUUUCUGGAGCUUUAUAUUUAAAUAAAACAUUCCAUGAAAAGUGCAGCUAUCGUGUACACUGUGACAUUGUCCCAGUCAGAUGGUUCGGACAGAGAAAGAGGGCUAAUAAAGCAAAGAUGGAUUUAAAAACUCUGUUGCUAAAGGGAUGACGUGGAAGGAAAAAAUAAAAGUAAUGUUCUAGACAUUUUUCUCUGUCACCAUUUGUGAUAUCCUCCCUCCUGUCUUAAAUGUCCCUUUAUUGGUUACCCUUAAGUCUUCUGUAAUUCCCUUUUCCUUCCCCUUCCACAAUCCCUUGCCUGAUUAAAUGUUUUUAAAGAGACCAA